AGGAGGCGGCACGGUGUGCGGGGAGGGAGAGUUGAGCAGCAGGAGGAGGAGGGUCAGACACAGUGAGGAAGCGCCUCCCUUCCAGGAACAAACUGCAGCACCUGCCGCUGGGAGAGGAGGGCUCAAUCGCACGCUGGGACCCCUGUGGCAGCAUUAGAAGAAGUUCAGCGGCACCGGCCUAGCAUGGAGCUGGCACCCCUCUGCCCUGCACUCUCGCUCUCCCUGUAAACUAUGUCCCAAGCACAACAUGCACCCCAACAAAAUGGAGGUCUCCAUAGCCCAGUUACGCCCUGGUCUAACAUGAAUAAAGACGUCUCAACCAACAUUAAAAACUUAGGGUUCAUUGAAGUCCAGGACAUUAACAUCGAGAGUGAAAUCCCUGCCCUUGGCAAAUGGAAUCUAAAAGGUGCUCAGUCUUUUGGACUGCCAGAAUACCGGCCCAGUCGUCGUUUUGCUACGAGAAGUGGGAGUCUUCCAGUGUCUUCUCGGGAUUAUGGUAUCCCCACACUGGAAAUUGCACCUCCAGAAGCAGUACAAACCUUACGACCAAACUUUUCCUCUAGCGCUCUUGCACAUGAACGAGUUUUCCAGAACUCCAAGACAAUCUCAGGUAGCAAUGGACCCCCGUCUUUGAGUAGCACAGAACCAGACCACGUCGUCUGGAAAUCCUCCACCCUUCCCAGAUCUGGAUACAACACCGCAAAACUCUACAGCCCGACGUCCCUCAACAGAAGCGACGACGUCUCGGACUGUAGCAUUUCCAGCCUCAGCACAGACUUCUCCACCACUUUGUCUGUCAGUAAUGAGGACAUUGUGGAUUUUGUUGUUAUGAGCAACUCAAGUGCGAUUGUCGCUUUGGAGAAUGACGACACGCAUUUUUCCGAAGUGACGCUGAACUCUACAAAAGACGGCAGUGCUGAUGGGAUUCAUGAAAGUUUUGCCCAGGAGGCGGAAGUGGACAAAAAGUUGAAGAUAUUUGGAUCUCUUAGUAAUCUCUUUAACAGGAAUAUAUUUGCUCGGAAAAAGAGUGUUUCGGUAGAAAAACCAGAUGACCUGGGCUGGAAGUUGUUCAGUAGAUUUCCCCAACAAGGAAGCCCUAGGACUGUAACAAAGGAAUAUGAGGAAAGAAUUGGACGAGCUUCAAAGUCUCUCUCUCCGAAGCAGAAUGUGAGGAAAAGCCUCAUCUUUGAGCCUCUCUCCACCACCGCGCUUAUUCUGGAAGACAGACCAGCGAACCUUCCAGCCAAACCGGCUGAGGAGGCCCAGAAACACCGUCUGGAAUAUGAAGAAAUGGUGGCCCAAGCCAAAAGGAGAGAAUUUAAGGACGCCCAAAGGAAAAAAAAGCAACUGGAGGAAAGGUGCAAACUGGAAGAAAGUAUCGGCAAUGCAGCCUUAACCUGGAACACUGAGAUCCUGCCCAACUGGGAAACCACGUGCUGCUCCCGUAGAGUGCGCGACAUGUGGUGGCAAGGGAUACCACCCAGUGUGAGAGGGAGAGUCUGGAGCUUGGCAAUUGGCAACGAGAUGAACAUCACUCACGACCUCUACGAUAUUUGUUUGUCCAGAGCCAAGGAUCGAUGGAAAUCCCUGAGCAUGGGAACUCAAGAAGCGGAGAAUGAAGAUUCUGGAUUGUCUGUAGCUGAUAGAGAAGCCAGUCUGGAGUCUAUCAAGCUGGAUAUCUCCCGGACAUUCCCCAAUCUGUGUAUAUUUCAAAAGGGGGGCCCUUACCACGACAUGUUGCACAGUAUUUUAGGAGCUUACACGUGUUACAGACCAGAUGUCGGUUAUGUGCAGGGCAUGUCCUUUAUUGCUGCUGUGUUGAUCUUGAACUUGGAUACUGCAGAUGCCUUUAUCGCUUUCUCAAAUCUCUUGAAUAAACCCUGUCAGAUGGCAUUUUUUCGAGUGGACCAUGGCCUUAUGUUGACCUAUUUUGCCGCAUUCGAAGUAUUUUUUGAAGAAAAUCUGCCAAAGUUAUUUAUUCAUUUCAAGAAAAACAACCUAACGCCAGACAUCUACCUAAUAGACUGGAUUUUCACUUUAUACAGUAAGUCGCUACCACUGGACUUGGCGUGCCGGGUGUGGGACGUGUUCUGCCGCGAUGGAGAGGAGUUUCUGUUCAGGACUGCGCUGGGGAUCCUUAGGCUUUUUGAAGACAUUUUGACUAGAAUGGACUUCAUUCAUAUUGCCCAGUUCCUGACAAAACUACCUGAAGACUUGAACUCUGAGGACUUAUUCGCCUCCAUUGCUGCAAUUCAGAUGCAAAGCCGGAAUAAAAAGUGGUCUCAGGUACUGUCUGCACUACAGAAAGAUAAUCGUGAUAUGGAAAACCGAAGCCCCUCUCUUAAACGCUAAAAGUCACAAGUCUCAGGAGGGAUCCCCCUGUCUCGGUGUAUGGAGAGUCCUUCAUUCUCUGCUUCCAAUGUCUUGGGUGGAACGUCAUUUUUAAUUCAAGACUGUGUGAAACCACUGGAAUUGGCCUUAAACUCUUUGAGCCAAUAUUUGCUAAUCAGACUUGUUCCACCAGACUGGCUCCCCCUCUGUACGGCGAGCGAUGGCUUCCCAUGCCGGGAGAAUUCUGUGGAAUGACCGAAUUUAGUAAAUACAGGCUUUAAACCCGAGGCCGGACCUCCGUGUGCUGUAGUCUGAACAGACUGUGCAUUUGUGAGCUGGUGUCUGAUUUCCAUUGCACACAACCAAAUCCAUGUUUGAUUUUUAUUGACCAUAAACCAAGGAUAUGCAACCUGUCACCCUCCAUAUGAUCCACGCAUCCUUCACUGGAAUGCUGUUAACUGUAGUUCAACAACCUUUGAAAGGCCUGGAACUGCCACUUGUCCUGUUUAAUUCUGGCCACAUUGAUUGGUAAUCGGCUCAUGUGCACCCUGCAUGGCUGUUUAGAAAGUAGAUUUGUCUCAUGUAAUUCUGUUGAGCCAUACAACAUCCAGAUGGUCAUGGUCUAGGUGGCCAUGUUUAAAGGUGCAAAGAAGCAACUAUGAGAGUGCUGCAGGUGGUACACCAUACUUGUAGUCCAUCAUGGGCCACGCUGCAGGUUGUACACCCUACUUGUAGUCUAUCAUGGGCCACUCUGCAGGUUGUACACCAUACUUGUAGUCCAUCAUGGGCCACUCUGCAGGUUGUACACCAUACUUGUAGUCCAUCAUGGGCCACUCUGCAGGUUGUACACCAUACUUGUAGUCCAUCAUGGGCCACGCUGCAGGUUGUACAACAUACUUGUAGUCCAUCUUGGGCCACGCUGCAGGUUGUACACCAUACUUGUAGUCCAUCAUGGGCCACGCUGCAGGUUGUACACCAUACUUGUAGUCCAUCAUGGGCCACGCUGCAGGUUGUACAACAUACUUGUAGUCCAUCUUGGGCCACGCUGCAGGUUGUACACCAUACUUGUAGUCCAUCAUGGGCCACGCUGCAGGUUGUACAUCAUACUUGUAGUCCAUCAUGGGCCACACUGCAGGUUGUACACCCUACUUGUAGUCCAUCAUGGGCCACUCUGCAGGUUGUACAUCAUACUUGUAGUCCAUCAUGGACCACGCUGUCCAAUAAACCCAAAUAUUUUUCGUGGCAUCUUUGUUGUACCAGACGCUUUAACCCUCACAAACCAGGGCAUUCAUGUGUUGCAACGUGGACUCUUUUUAGUUUUAAAAGAAUGUUUUAUAAUUUAAUGGGCAUUUUACCAAAGAUAUAUAUGCAAAACAACAGAAACCUAUUCUCCAAGAAAAAUGGUUGCUUAAGGUUAAUUUAAUAUCAUCAUUCAAGUUGUUUUUGGGUCAUUCGUGGUUAUGCCUUAUAGGUGUCUCCCAGGAUCUAGAAAAUCCCUUACUCCAGACUGCUGCAUGAUGGGACCUGUAGUUGAUGGCACCUAAAAGGCUACAUGUUUGGCAUUCCUGCUGCUUCUUGUAGAGCACAUAGGUGUGAAUACUGAAUACAUUCCUUUGCAGAACCAGCAGUUGGGUUCUAUGUUGGUCCAGGAAGGAAGGAUCACAUUAUGUUCACUGCAGUAGUGAUUGUGUGUAUCUAGAAUACUGCACGUGCAAAAGAUGGAUGAGCCCUGAAAUACCGUGAAUCAGCUGCCAUCCUGCUCUUCACUAGCACUUGCUUUUGGGAGCAAGAACAGUUCUAGAGCAUGUGUUAUAUAGGCUUUUGUAAGAAAGGGCAAAAAGUCUGGGGCCUACAGGGCAGAUCCUUUGGCCAGUCCUUGUGUCCCGCCUUUCUGUAUUCUCUAAUAUUCUUCGCUCUUUUAUUGGUUUUCUUUGCUCAUACCGGUCAUGUCACAUUACCUUGGUUUCACCAAUCUUUUUUCCUUCUAGUUCAUGAGUCCUGAUUCUUAUUUCUUCUGCCCUAUGUCAGCUUCUUAUCACCAGUCUCUUUCAUCCAUGCUUCUCUCUAUCCUAACAUCACCAUAUCUGCAGCUCUAUUCCUUUUUAAUAGGGUAUACCAGAAAGGAAAGCUUAACCCUAAAUCUAUGAUGAUAAGAUAGUGGUACAGCACCGAGUAGAGGGAGUAAGUGAGCAACGGGCUGAAUGUAGUGGUAAAUGAGACGGGAGAAAGACAUUAAGAGAGAUGAUGAAGAAGGAAAAUAAUGAGACACUGAAGCUUAAGAGGAUGAGAUGGUAGAAAACGAGAUGAGAUGGAAAUGCUUCAUGGAGCUAAAGAGGUUUAGGUGGAAGAUGAUGGAGGAUGAAGGCAAACAUAUGGAUUAAGGUGAUGAAAGUUGGGGUUAUGGAAGAUAAAGCUGGUUGAGUUGGUGAUCCCCAGUUGGCAGUUAAAAGAAGAUGGAGAUUGAGUGGGACAAUGACACAUGAGAUCAAAGAAAGAGGUGGAUGAUAAAUUUCAGGUGGGACCAAACAUAUGGGAAGUGGGGGGAUGAGGAGUUGAAUAUGAAUCUGGGCGUUUGGAGAGGACACCAAUAAAAUAAUUGAUUGGAUGUUGAUAUAAGGGUGGGGUCAGCACUGUUCCACAUCAUAUUUUUCACUGUUUCGGUUCUGAUUCUUUAAAAUAUAUAUUCUUACCCUGUACCUGUAGACAAGCAUGUGAUUAUUUAGGAGUAGCGAGAGUGUCCCUUAUGAUCAGAACGUUGAUGAAGUGGGAAGUCUCGAUAGACACUCCCCGAAACCCUCACUGGAUUUUACAACAAGCACUUUUAAAUGGUUUGUUCCGAUAUAUUUAGUUGGAUGUACAGUACCAGACACAAUGUUCCACACCACUCUGUCUUGGAUAAAAAAAAAUAAUAACAAGAAAGGUCAAUGGUUUUUUUUUUUUUCCAUGAUUUUUUUUUUUCCACAGUUGUGAUUUUACUGUUUAUCAACUCAGGCAAAUUGUCUCUAUCCCCUCCCCUAAAUUUUGAUUGCACUAGUGUCGACAUUAAGAUUUUAUUUUCACUCUAUACAGCAGUUCCUGGAGUGGGGUGUGGACAUGGAGUGACAUGGAGAAGUGGGGGAAGCCUACAAUAUUCAGUCAUGUAUUGACACGUAUGGCCGUAUUUAUAGAGAUAUGUAAAAUGUUUUGCACCAAAAAUAAAUGGUGUAGAAAGUGGUGUAAAUAAAAGAGAUAUUUAUAAA